CAACAGAGUUCCCGGGAGUUUCAGCAACGUUGGCUGGCUCAAGGCUAGUGAAUAAAACUGAGGGAUUGAACACGUUCUCUCGAUCUGUGCAAUCUAGACGACCUAUCAACUGAUCUGUGCAUGAGUGACUCGAGAAAACUUCGGAUGGGAUCAUCUUUGGUGCGUUGGUAACAUGGAACUCGGACUUCAGUUUACUUCGGACUGUAACGAUGAUGCUACACAAACCCAAUACCAGCUGACCGUAAUGGUGAAAGAAGAAGAUAUCAAAGAGGAGACAUAUGGGAAUAUAAUUGCAUUUCAACUUGACGAAGAACAGCUUCAGUAUAGUACUGGAUCAGACUUUGCGGAGUCUAAAGUGAAGCCUACUCAUACCGAGACACUACAGACAAUAGCGGAGAUUGAAGUGAAGAUUGAAGACGAUGAGCGCGAUGAUCUGCUGGGAAGUGCAUCAGAAUAUCCACACGGAACCCAACAGGAGACACAUGGACAGAGUGAUCAACUCAGCCUGCAACUCAAAGGAAGACGGCACCACUGCACUGUGUGCUGGAAGAGUUUCAGGACCCUGAAAGCACUCGAGAAACACCAGCAAACACACUCAGUCAGGGUGAAUUUGACCACAUCCUCACUAGCUAGCCGCCACGUGCAGAAACACACUGGAGAGAAGCCUCAUAAAUGUUCCCAGUGUGGAAGAGGUUUCUCACACUCGUCAAGUCUUGCACGGCACAGGCGUGUACACAAAAGAGACAUGUCUUAUAAAAGACUUAACUGUUCGCAGUGUGGAAAAACCUUUUUACACCUCAUGGCUCUUAACAGCCACAUGCGGACACAUAUGGGAGAGAAGCCUCGUAACUGUCCUCAGUGUGGAAAAGGUUUUAAUCACGACUCAAGCCUUUCACGCCACAUGCUUAAACACAAAGGAGAGAAGCCUCAUAAAUGUGUCCAUUGUGGAAAACGGUUUUAUCGAAAUUCAAGUCUUAAUCGACACAUACUAACACACACUGUAGAGAAGCCUCAUAAAUGUGUCCAGUGCGGAAAAGGUUUUAUAACCUCCGAAAAUUUCAAUCGCCACAUAUUUCGCCACAUGUUUACACACACUGGAGAAAAGCCUACAGAGAAGCCUCAUAACUGUUCUCAGUAUGAAAUAUGUGUCCAGUGUGGUAAACGGUUUUAUCAAAGUUCAGAUCUCAAUCGCCACAUGCUUACACACGCUGGAGAGAAGCCUCAUAAAUGUGCCCAGUGUGGAAAAGCUUAUAGAACAUCCCAAAGUCUUCGACGCCACAAUCUUACACAUACUGGAGAGAAGCCUUACAAAUGUGCCCAGUGCGGAAAAGGUUUUUCACGAAGUUCAAUUCUUAAAAGACACAUGCUAACGCACACUGGAGAGAUUCAUGAUGAAUGUGUCCAGUUUGUGAAAACAACUCGACAACUUUCUAGUCUUAAAACUUGUGUUCUUACCCACGCUGGAGAGAGGCCUUAUGAAUGUUCCCGAUGUGGAAAAGGUUUUUCACAUGCGUCGAGUUGUUAUCGCCACAUAAGUCAGCAUCACAUUGAGGACAAGAAACUCAAGAAAUCCCUAGAAAAUGCACACUGUUAGCGUGAUUCAAAAGCAGAAUAAGACGCCUCAUAUAUGUGCUCAUUGUAAAAAAAGCUGAAAGAUUAAAAGAUUAGAUGAAUGUGAGCAUUUAUGUUUGGCCCUGCAAUUGCUGGUACGACCUUUAACUGAAACCCAUAUGCUAAUAUACAAAGAAGAAGAAGGAAGCAUAGCCAGCAGUUUUUUUUAUAAAUGUGUUUGGUUAUUGUUGGAAAAACAUUGAUGAAAAGUACAUGCAAAAAAAUAUAUAUUUAUAUAUAUAUUUUUUUUUUUCUUAAUAAAAUAUACAGAUGCG